CUCCAGGAAUUUUGUGUUUGCUUCCUCACCCGACCAAAAAUGAAAGGAGCUCUGUCCUUCACAACGAUCGUCCUUGGAAUGUCGGCGGCUUCGGCAUUCGUCGGUUUCGAAAUCCAACAUACCGGCAGCAGAACGUUUCGAGUCMCCAAACAAAUCGGAUUGCAACGUAUGGCAUCUGCAGCGCCAGCAGAGUCGGACAUCCCGGACAGCGUGAUGGAAGAAGUAUGGCGAUACGUAAAAAAACCUUUGAUCUCGGUGGGAGGCAAGGGAGCAACGAAUAAACAUGGAAAUUCGUUGCGGCAACUUCUGAACGAUCAUACGGCGGUAAAAGUAAAAGUGAACACGAAAUCAUUUGGUAAGUUGAAGAAUAUUUUYUGUCUUGGCCAUUCACUCGCUAGCAGGAACAAAAAGUUCAAUCUACUGUUAAAUUGGGCGUAUGCAUCGCAAAAAUCACUUUCUGAUUUCCUCUGCGCUUUCUCACGAAACAUUUCGCUGGCGUCAAAUACAAUGCUACUAUUGUGACUGGUACAAUCACAGGGACGCUAGAAAACGCAUAUGAGUCGUUGCGAGAUCUGGCCAUCGAAAGUGGGGCAUCCCAGGAUAUUGAAUUGAUUCAAAUGCGAGAAAAAGACAGGAUAAUUAUGUUUGGCCUGCCGGGAACACUAGAAAAUGUGAAAGACGGAAGCUUUCCGCCACAAGAGGAAGAAGACGAUGACGGUGAGGAUGAUGUGAUGUAAAGUAAAUUCAUUACCUCAAUAACCCGAUGCUAUUUUUACUUUUCGAAUAAGACCUUGUUCAAUCGAAGUAACAGUAUAGCGCCAUGGAACUCUCGUAACUUCAUUGUAGCUACAAUAGGUUUUGGAUUGAAAACAUAGUAUCACGAGCAAAACAUCCUCAAAUCAAAGAAUCGCGGUGCGCAGCAAGCGAAUCAAAUAAACUCGGUAGAUCUAGAAUUAUSUUUUUAUAAAAGCACAAAAUCUUAUUAAACCGCGGAACAAAAGUACUGCAUUGUCGUAGAGAUCAACGCAUCUUUCGUUCUGKGCCAUUGAACGAUUAUUACUGUUGCUUGAUGUCRUGAUCACUGCGAAACCUUAUUGCAUCAACCAUGGAACAAUUUCAUCCGCCACUCCACCAACACUGUCUGGAUCUGAAUGAAAAUGGUGACUGCCUGGCAAAGAUUUACAAAUAUCGGGCUUCAAAAGAGUUUUGAUCCGAAUCAUUUUGUCGCUUGGAAAUGGCAUGCCAUCAAUUGCCGUCAWUAAGCAGGUUGACGUGUUUUGGCUCGCAAUGUCUUUGUACAUUUGCUCUAACUGAGUCACAGAAAGGUACAGCAAACUCGGCCAAUUUAAUCGCUGAUCGUGUCGGAAUUGCAGCUGACCAUUCUCAUUUAUGGUAGAUCCUCGUUCGACCAAUGCUUUCGCUGUCUCUUCGCUUAUGUAUUGCUUUCCGGGAAACAACAACCCAGGUGUUUUGCAACGUGUUUCUACGGCUGUUUUAAAAUCAGGGUAUACGGAAGAMGGCAUUUUCCCUCUGGCUCGUAUUUUAAAGUUUGACCGUAAAUUCUUGGAAAUGGUCUCGGGGGGUUUGGGCAUCGGGCCGAGCGUGUCCAACAAACARAGCCUUUUUGUGGGAAAUGCAGCAGCGUACAUGAGCGCUAUCGAACCACCCAUGGAAUGUCCGAUGAUCGUCAAAUCUUCAGGAUUCCAUUCCAACUGACGCACAAUUUCAAAUACGUAAUAACAGUAUUCUGCCUGGACCGAUGUGGGGCCGUCUAGAGAUUUGUGUGACGAAUGCCCGUGGCCAGGUAGGUCAAUGGCAAUAAAGUCAAUAUCUGUGG